AUGGCGGACGAGUCGGCGGCAGCGCCGCUUCGCCUGGUUAACUUCGUAUCGGAAGAGCAGUUGAUUCAAUCGAAGAGGACAAGAGGUGAACGUGUCGAAGACGGAACCGCCUCUAGGGACAGGCCAUUGUACGAGAUUAUGGAGAGGUUUUUUAAACAUAAACAUUUUCGUGAGAGUUCUUCCAAUGAUCCUAAUAUUAGUGAAGUUGUGGAAAUUCAAUCUCAUGUGGAAUUAAAUGUAAAUGAUAUUGUUAGUGAUCCUGGAUUACGAAAAUCAAUUGAAGAGUUUGAUAUUUCUAUUCGAGAUCAAGUCCGAAUAGAUCAACGAAAUGAGGAAGUUUCAAAGGUUGUUAAUCAAAAUGCUCCCGGAAACAAUCAAAUGAUUUCUCCAACAAUUCAAAAAGACCUUACGCAUGCUUGUGCUUCUGAGAUCACACUUUCCAUAAUCAAAGAUAUUGAAAACAAUGUUUUCUCCUUAAUGGUUGAUGAAUCUCGAGACAUUUCAGUGAAGGAGCAAAUGAUAGUUGUUUUGAGAUAUGUGAACAAAAGAAGACAGGAUGCUAUCGAUGCUUUAUUUGUGAAACAUGGAUUAUUAUUAUCUAGACUGAGAGGUCAAGGAUAUGAUGGAGCUUCAAAUAUGCGGAGUGAAUUCAAUGGGUUGAAAUAUCUCAUUUUGCAAGAAAAUCCAUAUGCAAGUUCUUUUGAUAGUAGAGGAGUUGCCAAAAGUUUGAUUCAGAAAAUGGAGAAUUAUGAGUUUGUUUUCAUGUUGCACUUGAUGAAGAUGAUAUUGGGAAUGACACAUGAGUUGUCACUUGUGUUACAACAAAAGGAUCAAAAUAUUGUCCAAACCAUAAGUUUGAUUGAAAGUGUGAAAGUGCCGGAGAUGAAAGACAAUUGUUUGAUUGGUGGUCGUAGUAGACGUCGAAAGCAAGUCAUCACCAAAUUGCAUUAUUAUCGUGUGGAGAUUUUCUAUCAGGUUGUUGAUUUAGUUAUACAAGAGAUGAAUACUCGUUUUUCAGAAGUUAGCACAGAAUUGCUUAGUUGUAUAGCAUGUCUUCAUCCAAGGAAUUCUUUUUCUGAAUUCAAUGUUCAGAAACUCGUUCGGCUUUGUGAUUUAUAUCCUGAGGACUUCUCAACAAAUGAUUAUAUAGUUAUUAAACAACAACUUCAGAAUUUCAUUCAUAAUAUACGACAUGAUCCAAAUUUUUCUGGAAUUGAAGAUUUGGGAAGUUUUGCUCAGAAAAUUAUUGAAACUCUAAAAAAUCAAGCUUAUCCAUUGGUUUAUCGUCUGAUUGAGAUGACAUUAGUUUUACCAGUUGCGACCGCUUCUGUUGAAAGAGUAUUUUCUGCAAUGAAGAUGAUAAAGACUGAUUUACGUAACAGAAUGGGAGACCAGUGGAUGAAUGACAGUCUAGUCGUAUACAUCGAGAAAGAUAUCUUUUCAACAAUUGAAAAUGAGCAAAUAUUGCAGCGUUUUCAAAAGAUGAAAAGCCACAGGAUGCAGUUGCCUCCUCUUUCUUAUCCAACGACCACCUAA